AAUACUUCCAAUUUUGUUAGCGACAACAAUGCCGCAUAAAUGUAUACUUAAAAGUGAAAAUGAAGACAAUAUGCAGGAAAGAAGUUGUUGGUCCCGACUAAAAUCUGUAUACGUGGAGAUGAUCAUAAUUUCAGCCAAAAAUCCCCUGAUGCCAUUCUAUUUCAGAAGCGAAAGUUCCCUCAAAGAAGAAAAACUGAAGCAGCUGACAUCCAAGCAUAUUUAUAUCAUUCAUCCCCUCAGCAGAUUCAGGCAAUUUUAUGAUAUAUACGUCUUCCUCUUGUACUUGUUGCUUCUGAUAACCAAGCCAGUUGAUGGUUCCAUUGGUAGGCAUGAGGGUGUCACAUACUUCUUUCCACGUUAUCGACUAAUGUCUCUGAUCCUUGAUAUUUUAUCAUGGUUUGAUAUUACUAUGAAAUUUUUCAUGGGUUAUGUAGAUAGAACCACAAAAGCUGUAGUGAUGGAACCGAAAAUGAUAGCCAGGAAUUACGUCUUCAGUAUAUUUUUCAUAACAGACGUACUUUCAUCUAUUCCUAGAUACUCUUUAUAUUACUACGAGACAUUUUUCGAAAUUAGAAGAAUACUUGGUCUACAGAAUAUAUUUUGUGCGCUUAAGUAUGUGAGGCUGCUAACAGAAGUAAGGCUCGUUUCGAAGUUAUCGGUGUAUUUUGGUAUACGAUCAAGAACGGUUGUGUUCUUGUUUUCCUCUGUACUUUUGUUCUCAAUGGUAUUGCAUUUCUCAACCUGCCUGCUCAUUGCUGUCCCCAGAUUGGUGAAGUAUUACUUUGCCCCUCAAGAGGUGGAUGCGUCAAGAGUGUGGUUACUUGAAUUUCAAGGAAUCCCAUAUCACAUAAGAUAUGUACAAUGUGUAUUCAAGAGCUCGGCAUUUUUAUUAGAUGAUACGACGUUCAUAUAUUCUGGCAAACUGAGAUCAGAUCUGCACAGAAUUCAAGAAGACUUAGAUAAUAAAUCCGAAAACUGGUUUGCAGUCAAUAAACUCAAACUUAAUAACGAUAAAUCAGAGUAUAUUUAUCUUUCGUCUAUGAAUGCCAUAGAAACUCAUUCUAUGUGUCACCUACAAGAUGGUGCCUAUUUUGGAGAAAUAUGCCUUGUUUUGAGAGACCAACUGAGAACGGCCACCGUCAUUGCCAUCGAAAUUUGCCAAGUGUAUAGACUGAAAAAAAAAGAUUUCAGAAAGAGCAUCAUGAAAAACAAAUACGUAUAUAAAUCGAUCAUUUCGAAUGCUGAACAGCGACUAAAAGAUAUAUCGAAAAUGGAGGAGAAUUAUAAGAAAACAUUGUUCGAACAGAAGUUCACCAAAGCACCAGAACACAUGGAGAGGAGUAAAAGUAUGGUUCCCACUUGA